AUGGCGACUCUUGUGCUGACGAUGACCACUCCUUCGCGGUAUGAAUUCAUUGACUACUCAGAUGCAGCGUCCGGCAGAGAAAGACUCGCCAGCAAUGUGCGACGGCGCGCCAGAGUUGUGGUGAUGGAUGAUUUCUUGAGGAAGCAGCGACAAGAACGAAAUGCACCUCUGAAUGAUGCUGGGAAGGAGGCAACAACACCGAGACCUAACCCAGUAGUGGCGCCCAUCGCCGAAAGGAAGGGACGCUUUCGACUUAAGCCCCUGCCACAACGAAGACAAGCCAAGCCCCAGAAUGACGGACAACCCCAAGGCGUACCGCAAACCAUGAACAGCGACUUCGUCACCCUGGACGGCACAGACGAUGGGGCCACCGCAGCAUGCUCCCGCACAGGCACCCUCCUGUCAGAUAUCUUGGUCAUGCCUCCAGCAUUCAGAUCAACCAUCCUCGGCAUUCAGAACCCCAGUCCAGCAACACAGUCCUUGGUCCACUACUACCUGCAGGAUUACUGGACCAAUUCAACAGCCGUCAAUCCAGAUGGCGUCUGGACAUCGAUCACCCUCACAGACAUGGCCAUGCUUCACGCUAAAUUGAGCCUUGUCGCCCUGCACCGACUCGAUCGAUUCGCAGCAGCAUCGAAGAGCUCUGAUGUGCAAAAAGGGCGGCAGAGCAGCUUGGACUUGAGAGCUGCACAUCUCUACCAUCGAGGCCAAGCCAUUUCGCUCAUUCAGGCUCGUCUUCCGCAUUUCAAUACGUCUCGCGACGACGACCAUCGCGUAACACCUGCCGUGUCUAAUGAGUGUAGUAACCUGAUUGCCGCAAUAACGCUGCUGACGACUUUGGAUGACCACUCGCAAUGGGUUGGUGAGACCGGAGACAGACAUAUGCGUGCGCUCGCAGCGAUGGUCGAUGCAAAAGGCGGCAUGGAUGGCCCGUGGAUCAGUGACGCUUUGAGGAGAGUUGUCGGAUGGGUGGACUUGCUGAGGGCUAGUAUAGGUGAAAGCCGGCCUUUAUUGGGAAGCAGGAUUCUGACGACCAACCACGCUGGUUUGGAUGAAUUGUCCACCGAGAUUGGAAGAGCGAGUCCAGACUUGAAGUCACCGCGGAAAAACACUGACCACAUGCCAUCAUGGUUGCGAGCUAUGUCCAGCAAUGCAACGUUAAGGAAGCUUCAAGACAUGCUGUGUCGUCUGACCAAGCUCGGGCAAGUCAAGGACGGCCUCCGCAAAGUGGCCGACAUGAAUACUCAGAAGAAUCGACUUCUCUUCAGCGACGCUGUAUACAACCUCGAGUACGAGCUCGCCUACAUCGAGGACUUUGCCUUCAACUCAGACACAUCACCAGAAGUGACCGGAUCCUGUUGGAACGGUCCUUUCGCACUUCGCGCCUUCCGUGAUGCAGCGGUCGUCUGCUCCUACGCCAUCCUGCGCGAGCAGAACUCCAGACUUAUAUUUGGCCGGCUGGCGUGGAGAAUCCGCGGGUACGUGGGAUUGAUGCUGGAGUAUUCGGGAUCGAUCAUCGGCUUAGACUAUCUCGCAAGGCCGGGGGACAUCGCCCUACUUUCGUGGGUGCUGGCUAUGGGCUGGAAAGCCGCGCUGUUUGCGGCCAAGGGCAUUGAUGAAGGUGAUGGUGUUAAGAAGGGUGGACGAAAGUGGUUUGCAUUACGUAUGGCGGAGGUCGCUGCGCUUGGUCGACCGCUAGGCCUAAUAGCGCAAGAGGAGGAUCCAAUGAAGCGCCUGAUGAUGGAGGAAUAUCCGGCGAGCACAGCUUCGUCGAUGCUCCUGCACUCGGAUUAA